AUGAAGUUCGGCAGGUAUCUCGCGGAGAACGCGACGCCCGAGUGGAAGCGCGCAUACAUCGACUACCGCGCCGCCAAGAAGGCGAUCAAGCGAGUCACAGAACGCUUGACCAAGGUUCCCGACCCGCCCACGACCGGCGGCCCCAUUAAUGCCCUUUCGCGCAUUGCGACACGCACCAAGGGAGACCAUGGCAAGGGCGACGGCAACGCAUCGGACUCGAGCGAGGACGGUGACCAUGGUCCGGCGUCCACCAAGAUUCGCCGCACGUUCACGCUCGGCCAGGGGUCGGUGCGGUCCGUCGGGUCAGGCGGCGGCGGCGGCAGUGCUCCUGCCCCGGCUUCCGGUGGUGUGUCGGGCGGCACCAGCAACGUCCCGUCCCCUCGCCCCAUCGCCGCCGGUAUCUCUACGGGCACGGGAACAGUACUCGGCUCGUCAUGGCGUAACAGUCCUUCGUCAUUGACGCCUGCCUCGGCGCUUGGUCGUGGUCGGUCACCGUCAUACGGUGCGAUGGGUACCAGUCCUCGGCUGACUGAAGGUCGCGUGCACCCGCCGCCGCCGCUCGAUUUGGGCGAACCCCAUCUCGACGAAGCAGCCGAGGAGAACGAGCAAGAGGUCAUCGAAGGCGAGUGGCCUGGUCCCAGUUCUGGCCCGGGCGCAGGGACUGGCUCAGCACCACCGGCAGACAGCACUGUCACCAGUUCCACCGUUGUCAGCCCCCUCUCGUCCAGCCCUGUCAGUCCAAUGGGCUCGUCCUCAAAGCGUCACUCGAGCCUGCGCGAUCCCAACCGCACACGUACCCGUGGCGCCAACGUCAACUUUUCGCCUCGCAUCACAUCCAUUCCCGAUGCCGACGACGGCAACGAGGCCGACAGGGACGAAGCGUCCGACCAUGCCUCGCGAGGACAUAUCGGCGGUGUCCAGCCAUGGCCAACGCAGGCGCCUCACACGCCCAGCGAUGCGUCCAUGACCCAGUCGCCGCCCAAGGACGGCGAACGUACACCGCAUGCCGAGACCACGGAUAAUCGUCUGCCAGGCCCGGGAUCGACUCCUAAGAAGUCACCAAAGCGCUCGCCGUCCAUGUUCCGCUUCUCGCUCGUGUCCCCGCGCGUCCAGCCUAGUGCAGGACUGACCCAGGGCGGUGUUGCCGAUGCACCCAGUGGAACUAGGAGUAUCCACUCGCUCAAGCUCCCAUCCCCUCGCCUCCAGCCGCGCACAGCACGCUCCUUUGACGAGCUGUACGAGAGCCUGCAGCCCGACGAGCAGGCCUUUUUCGACUUGCUCGACCACGAGCUCCUCAAGGUCGAGACGUUUUACCAGCAGCGAGAGAACGAGGCCGUGAAGCGCGGCCAGGAACUCCGCGACCAGCUGCGUGACCUCGCCGAGCACCGACGAGUCUUCCACGAGACGUUCCCCGCCGGUGUGCCCGAAUGGGAAGUGGCUGUAGGCCAUCUUUUGGGUGCCGGUACCACGUCUACCGCGGCGGCAGUGCCCAGGCCCAUCCAGCGUCUUACCCGCCGUAGGCCAAACACCUCAGGUGUGACGAGCGACGAGGCAAGCAGCAGGGCAGCAACACCCCCAGGGAACCGCAACGGGUACGUCAAUGGCAAGACCUAUGGCACUGGAAAUGGCACCCCGAACGGCAAGCAUGUGGCCAACAAGAGCGACGAGGAUGAAUACCGAGAGAUGGCACGCCAGUACGACCCGGAGCGAUACCAAAAGUACAAAAAGGAGCUGCGUUCCGCCAUGCUCGACUACUACCGUCACCUCGAGUUGAUCAAAAAUUAUCGUAUCCUCAACUUGACAGGUUUCCGCAAGGCCUUGAAAAAGUUUGAAAAGGCGACCAAGAUCAUCUGUCUCGAGCUGUAUACCGAGGACCGGAUCUCGCCUUGCUCGUUCUCGCGCGGCGAGACGAUUGACAACCUCAUCAAGCAGACCGAGAGCCUGUUCACGGAACACUUUGAGCACGGCGAUGGCAAGAAGGCGCGCGACAAGCUGCGUGGACAGGACCAGAGCAACUCGCACUACUUUUCCGUCUUCCGCAGCGGUAUCAUGCUCGGCCUGGGCGUGCCGCCUGCCAUCCUCGCGAUUGUCAAGACGUUUGACCCCGAGACCCGCCAGGCGAUUCCGGGCUAUGCCGCCCUCGAGCAGAUCUAUGUCGGCCUGUACAUCCCCGUCAUCUUUGCCAUGCUCUUCGAAGUCAACCUGAUGGCAUACGUCGCCGCGCGCAUCAACUAUGAGUUUGUCAUGGAGCUCGACCGCCCGACUCUGGACUUUAGGAGCUACUUCGAGAUCCCGGCCUUUUUCUUCAUGACGCUCUCGUACUGCUUCUUCUUCUCGUUCUACCGGGUCGCCACGCACAGCGUCGCACCAACAACAUGGCCGCUCGCAUGGCUGGUGUUUGUGUGCGUCUUCUUCCUCAACCCGCUACCCAUCUUCCGCCGACGAUCGCGAUACUGGUUCCUGCGCGUCCUCUUCCGUGUCAUCACCCCCGGAUACUCGCGAGUAGAGUUCAUUGCAUUCUUCAUCGCCGACGAGCUCAACUCGCUGUCGUUCAGCAUCCAGAACCUCAUGUUCAUCGGGUGCACUUACAGCCACCACUGGCCCGGCGCCGUGUACGAUACCUGCGCAUCGGGCAGGUCGUGGCCAUACGCCCUCCUCGCGACUGUUCCGCCUCUCAUCCGUCUCAUCCAGUGUCUGAAGCGUUGGUACGACUCGAACCUCCAGAUCCACUUGAUCAACGCAGGCAAGUAUGCGUCAUCAAUCAUCCAGGCCGUCCUGUUCGUCUACUGGCGGUCGACAGGCAGUCCCCAGAACACGGGCGGCUUCGUCACCUGGGUCAUCUUUGCGACCAUUGCGAGCAUCUAUACGUGUUCGUGGGACUUUGUCGUCGACUGGUCGCUCCUCCGUCCCCACCACCACCUCCUCCGCCCCGACCUCGGCUACUCGCAAACGUGGGUCUACUAUUUCGCCAUGGUGACCAACUUCUUCGUCCGCUUCAUCUGGGUCUGGUACCUGCCCAACAUUACCGCGCAUACACACAUGCGCUCGUGGAUCUUUGCAAUGUGCGAAAUGCUGCGUCGCUGGCAGUGGAACUUCUUCCGAGUGGAAACAGAACACCUUGGAAACGCAGACGCAUACAGAGUGACGAGGGAGGUGGUAUUGCCGUACCGACGAGACGAAGACGACGACCUCGACGAAUACGCGAAAGGAAAGCCGACGAGCGGCGGCCUGUCAACGCUGCGUCCUGCGGUGACGGAAACGUGGCGCCGUAUCCGUGUGCGCCUCGUUGGGCAUACCACGACGGGACGUGUUCCUGGUACGCUGAACGUGGGGCCCAUGGGGCACGCCCCGCAGCGCGAGUACGAAGCGCGGCGAAUCGGCGACUGGGCGACGAGGAACAGCGACGACUCGAGUACCGCCGUGUAG